GAUUGGCGAGCCGAGACUCCAGUGGCUCCUUCGACGAGUCCUGGCUCGAUGCGAUAACUUCUCGGAGCACGUUUGAGCGGCAGUCACCUGUUUGACUCCUGGUUAUCCACGCGGUCUCGAGCGUUGGCCAAGUCGACAGCGUCUGUUCGAGGGUUGUGUUAUGUAGGUGUCGUCGGCGAGUUCUCGAAGAUAAGGGGGAUCUCUUCGCAACAAGUCGGCGACGGAAAACUUCUCUUCUGGCACUCGGGGUAGUUUCGGCACUCGAAUAUUUCCGAAGCCGUACACAUCUAAUGCUGCGUCUCUAACGCUGUCCGAGAAUCAUGGCGUGAAAGUUCCUCGUUUGUCCCGAUACUUGUGCGCAGAGGCCACGGAAACCGAAACAUUCGGACACGCAGGCGAUCCGGUUUCCGCGGCUGCGUCCGUGCAGACGACAAGAGCAGACGAAACGGAACAUAGAUCAAGCUAAAUCUUCUGUGAAAAUAAGUGACUGUCGUACAUCUGUGGGAGUUUACGGGAACAAGGAAAAGAAAUUAAUCAACUCUGUUUUCAGUUUUGCUUCUUCACCUUUGUGUUCGAACUUACUCGAAGGGAACAGCUGAAAGCUUGUCGCACCUAACUUUUCCUUCGAGAAGACGCUGUAGGCUCAUUCGGCGCGAAGAUCGGCACGAUCGUUUCCGGAAACACAGACUGAGGGACAUCUCAAACUGGGUGCGUACCAUCGAUGCAGUCGUUGGCGGCUGUGAAACCGUAUUAAGCGUAAGGACUCAGUGUGCUGUGCGUAUCAUGGGCUGCGCCAACGCCAAGGCUGCUGGAGUCCCAACGUCGGGGAAGACUGACUAUCCGCUUGAAGUCACCGAUGGAAGCGAUCGCACCAAUUUAAUCAACAACCCGGUGCCCAAGGUGGUCAUCAAUGGUGGAGACUUCCUGGACAACGAACACCACGUCAACGGUACCGCCGACGCCGAGGACAAAGCGAACGGCAACACAGACCCUCCCGGGACUGAAACGUUCCUGCCGCCACCGGACACGCCUCAGGAAGUGGAAUUCCUGGCGCCCCCUGAUCCUCCCAGGGACGACAAGGACGACAGGGAAGCCGUGGCCGAUCGCACCGGCGACACGCCAUUGGAUGACGGAAAUCACGUGACCGACAAUGACAAUGCUGCCGACGACAACGGCAACAGGCUGCCGCCGAACGGCCUCACGAGGGAGGACACAAUGCCGGACGCAGUGGACGGUGUCGUCACAGACGAUGCCAGCGAAGUCGGCGUAGUCGUGGCAGACGACAACGCCAAUGACGUCACUCCGGGAAAUGAUGUCACCACUGAUGGCGGAAGUGACGUCGUUCGCGACGCGGGGGACAGGACGAGCCCGGACGUAACUUCGGACGCCCCGAAUGGAGAAAACGACGCGCCAAGAGACCUAAUUGAGAACAGCGACAUUGCGCCUAACGACAUCUUCGUUGACGACGGCCUCGACUUGGACACCAAGAAGGCAGACAGGAAGAACAGCGCCCACGAUUUCAUCGUGCGAGAUGCGUAGCGAGCGCAGAGAACAGCGUGAUGCUGUCGGGAGGAUCUAGCCUCCUGUAAACGCGCUAGCGUUGCGGUAUUAGAAAGUUUUGACACGACGCGCACGGGCUAUCUCUACCGCAUUACCGUAUUACUGGAAUACUGGAAUAGUAAGUGUGGUGGACACACCGUGUGGUACCGUGUUCAACUAGAACGCGAGAGAAACAUUCUUGCGCUCCUGGGUUGCGCCGUUCUUCUAUGCAGGAGGAAUGUAUAUCGUAAUGGCUAUGUUGCGGUUUUGAAAAACGCCAAUAGACAAAUAGAACACUGCUGGCCGCUUACUGUAAUAAGCUCCACGCGCUAUGGUUUCAUGCGCCACCACCAGAUGCCUCCGUCAUAGUCCUGCGGUUUCAGCGUACGUGUGCGGAGCGCCGGAAGCCUUCACUUUGACGAUAAUACUUUUACGUUGGGCUAAAGCUCUGUGAACUCGGCACGGACGUGUAGCGUUGAAUAACGCUAACGUUGAAUAACGUCAUAGCGUUGAAGAACGCUAUGACAGCAGGGGCUCGUGAUGUUGCGUUAAAACAAAGUCCGCAGAGGUUUUCUUGCAUAUACACAACACAAUCUCUUACCUGUCUGUUGGCGCCAAAAUCAUUUUCAACUUUCCGUAUUGCUGUAUCUUCAAAUCCCCCCCCCCCC